CCUUUCCUCCAUCUCCACAGCCAUCCCUCUUCCAUGUCUCUUCGAUCUCUUCCCUGUGGACGAAUCCGUGCCCAUGGUACCCAUAGUGUUACUGUAGAUCUGCAGAGGAAUUAAAGAUUGUUCUACUGUAGAUCUUGAUUUGCUGCCCACUAAGAAAUUUUGUUUGUUGGUGCUUAUGAAAAUUAAUUUGCUGUGCACUAAGAAAAAGGGGCUUCCAUACAUAUCUAGCCCGAUCUGUAGACAAAUAAAGUGAUUGUUCUGGUAUAUUUUGUGUGCUUGCUUAAUUUGUUUGCUCGCAUGUAAAUUUAGUUUGUUGGUGUGUAUAAAAAAUUAAUCCUUUUGGAUCUUUAAAACUAAAAAUAGGAGGGUUCACAAAUAGUACAUAAUAAGAGUUUCCUAGGCUACCUUUUGUGUUCACCUACAAUUUACCUUAAAAAUAGUUUUUAUGCUAAAGAGCUGGAUUAAACCUGUAGACAAAUAAAAAAUUGUUCUGGUAUAUAUCUUGAUUGAUGAGCUAGCCUUUUUUUUAUCUACCUCACGUACAGGUGGGUUUGUUUUGUAAAGGCCAAUCCUUUUGGCUCUGAAAUUAGAUAAGAGACUUCACACAUGUCGACAGCAGUACAUGAUAGUUUUGAUUCCUAUGCUGCUUGUGUGUUUACCUCCAAAAUUAUUGUUUAAAUAAAUAUUGUUUCAUGCUAACAACUCUCAGUAGUGUUUGGUGUAAACUUGGUCAUCUGAGCAAAGUUAACUCCAAAUCUUGGGUAUCUGUUCACUUAUGUAUGUCAUUCUAUUGCAGAACAACAUGGAUUGCCGGUUUCAUUAUCUACAUCAACGGGUCUGUCUUGCCAACAAGGUGGAAUUUCAGAUGAUUCCAAAAAUUAUAUACCAGUAUUGAAGCUUGGUAAACUUCCAGAGGAUGUCUUGCACCAUAUACUUUCUCUUGUGCCACUACGAGAUGCUGCCCGUGCUGCUUGUGCCUCCCGUAAUUUUUUAUGCUCAUGGAGACGCUUUCCUAACCUUACAUUCAAUUGGGAAACAUUGGGGGUGAAUUUGGAUGAUGCCCCAUUACGUGAAAGUGCAAAGGAACUCGUGAAUAGAAUCAACUGCAUUCUUGAAAACCACUCUGGCACUGGGGUGAAGACACUUAAGCUUCAAGUCAGCCUUUGUGGUGGUGUGAUCACGGCCAAUCUUCUUGAUAUUUGGCUUCAAGCUUCUGUCAAAUCUGGAAUGGUAGAACUUCAUUUGGACCUUCCUCGAAUUAACAGUCUACCGUUCAACUUGUCAUGUUCACUUAUAUCUUCUGCUGCAAGCUCACUUCAUUCAUUGUCUCUCACGUUUUGUGCUUUUCACCCGACUCCAACAAUUGGCUUGAGAAACUUGAAAAAUGUUCGUCUGGCACUUAUCCACAUUACUGAGGUCCUCCUGUACAACUUCCUUGGAGAAGUUUGAAGUUUUCUGGUGUCAUGAUUUCACUUCGUUAAAGAUACCUUCUCAUCUGCAGAAGCUUAGUUUCCUGCGGGUAUUUCUAUGUAGAAGGUUACAGAUGAUAGAAAUCAAUGCUCCAAACGUUUCCACUUUUAUGUUCAGAGGCCCCCCAAUGAAAAUAUCAAUAAUCAACUCAUCGCAGUUGAAGAGGGUGGCUAUGGAUGGUCAAUUUUACUCUGGCAUGUUCCAGUAUGCUCUGACCAAGCUUCAGUCCAUCACAUCGAAUCUUCAAGCUCUUACCUUGUUUUCAACUACAGAGGCCUUCAACAUGCCGGCGUCACCUGACAAAUUCCUCCACCUCAGGAAUUUGAAAAUAUAUUGUUGUGGGAUGGAAAACUUUGAUUUUCUUUCUUUGAUUUCUUUUCUCAAAUCUUGCCCUGCACUGGAAAGUUUCUUCUUAUCGGCAGGCCCACAUUUUGAUGUAAGGCAGGACUCAAUUAUUCAUGGUUCCUCUAGUGCAGUUUCAUCACAUAUGAGGCGGCGCAUUGCAGGAUUCCACCAGGGUAACCUCAAGAAAGUAACCAUCACAGGAUUCUGCUCUUCAAAGAGCUUGAUUGAGCUAACACGCCAAAUUCUUGAGAGUUGCUCGUCACUACAAAGCCUUGUGCUGGACACUACAGGUGGCUAUGAUAAUACUGGCAUAUGUGACUCUAUGGGAAAUAAAGCUGUCAUGGAAGCCCUCAGGGGUUUAGAGGCUAUCAAAAACUAUAUCAAGGGGAAAGUUCCCUCGAGUGUUAACUUGGAGGUUUUGGAGCCCUGCGGCCAGUGCCAUGUUCCCAAGCUUACGGAGUGCCAUGUUCCCAAGCUGCGUAAGCUUGGACCCUGCUAGGCGGUUGGCUACAACAGAGAAUACUGGGUAAAGACCAAAUCCAGCCAUACAUGAGUACAAUACUGGGUACAGUACAUGAGUGAGUUGCAUGUCACAAUUUGGCACUUGAAUUAUCAAACAGAAGGCUGCUACAAAGGUUACAGGGUACUGGUGUAAUGUAAAAUGACUUGCACAUAUACUUACGACUUACCUAUGGAUGUAUUUAUUUUGUUGUGCUAACGGAAAUGGAGAUUGGGUGCUCGAGUGCCGUUGUGGCAGUGCAA